AAAUCCUGAGCGUCAACAAACAAUCCCAGUCUCCAAAAAGCAAAGCAUAUUGCCACAAUGAGCAGCGAGAAGACUAGCGAGUACGUGACACUGGUGUCGAACGAUGGCUACGAGUUCAAACUUCUUCGCUCAGCGGCGUGCAUUGCAGGCACGAUUAAGAGAGCGAUGAACCCUGAGUCUGGCUUCCAAGAAACGACACGAAACCGCAUGGACUUCCCCACAAUCAACGGUGUCGUUCUCGAGAAAGUGUGCGAGUAUCUCUACUACAACCAGAAGCAUGCAGACAGCAAGGAUGUCUCAGAUAUGGAUAUUCCACCUGAGCUAUGCUUAGAGCUGUUGAUCGCUGCUGACUAUCUGGAUGAUCGAACGGGCAGUACGAGAAAGCGUGCUCGUGCUUGUGAAGAGUGCCAUCGUCUCAAGAUCAAGUGCGAUGUCAAUACAUCCCUUGGCGGUACAUGCGAGCGGUGCAGCCGCAACAACUUGGAGUGCGUCCCAGCAGCACCACGUCUUCAGCGCGACCGUAUCCAGGAGCUUGAAGCACAGAUCCAGGAACUUAAGAAGGCGUUGCGAGAGCGGAGUAGCAGCGUCACGCCAGGCCAGUCGCCCAUUAGCUUGCAAGAGAACUACGACGACGCCGUUCUGUCAUUCUUGGACGUUCGCAUCCCACCGAGCAAACAACAAGAACUGCUCUACUCCUUUGCGAGCCAUGCAGGGGCCGCGUGGCCAGUGGUCCGCCUACCCAUGAGCUUGAACGAUAUUCGAGCCAAAUCUCCAAUCCUACUGCUCUCUGUACUGGUCUACUCCGUCACGCAACAAACCCAAGGCACUGAGUUAGAAGUGCACGAUGAGCUUGUGCGAGAAGCAAUGUACAUUCUUGGCAACGAGGUAAUCGGUCGAGGACAAAGGUCCCUCGAGCUGGUGCAGGCGCUGCUCGUAGCUUCCUUCUGGAACAAGAUAUCUCAGAAAGGCCAACAGGGUAGUUGCUACCAGCUCAUUCAGCUAGCAACUGACAUGGCCAUCGACCUUGGAAUCGCCGGUUCCUCGCUACAGCCUUCUCCAGUGGCAUAUUUCUCAAUGCAUGAGGAUCCGAACUCGCUCGAGGCGCGGCGUACCUGGCUUGCCUGUUUCGUGGCACUUUCAACAUCGUCCAUCAGUACGCGUCGGUCAAUCGCCGUCCCUUGGGAUGCUCACCAUCAGGAGUGCCUCAUAGAUCUGGAGACCAGAGGGGAUAUGCCAGACAUCUUGCUUUGUCAGAUUGUUCGCAUCACCCGUCUAAUUGAUGAUGUCUCCAGCCUCCUAUACCUUUGCCAAUCAGCAAUAUUCGUCGACGGCAACGACCGCAGUACUUACGCUACCGUCGAGAGGCUGAAGGCUGACGUUGAUGCAUGGGCGGCUCGAAUUCCACCCAGCCUUGCAUCGUCGCGAACGCUCAAGGUCUGGUACCAUGUAGCGAUGGCCCACAUCUACGAAGUCGUGCUGCACACACCUACGAAUAAGGCAUCUUUUGCAGCACCAUUCAUCCCGGGACGCAUCGUAGUCAAGGACUUCCCAAAGCCAACUCACAUCAUCUUUCCGCUUCAAGAAGCGCUCGCUUCUCUCGUCCAACACUGUCACGCCGUCAUCGACACCACCGCAGAUAUGGAUCCUGCUCUGGUUCUCAGCCUUCCAACCUUUUGCUUUGCGCCGACCGUGCUAUAUUCUCUUUUCGUGCUGGUUAACCUCUUGGUCGCCUCGACCGACCCAACAAAUACCUACGGACAAUGUCUAGCGAAGGACCAAUUCCACAUCGAGGAGUGCGGUGCAAAGCUGCGGCGUUUGACGACGCAAAUGAGGACUCUCGAUCCUACCAUGAGCUGUUAUACGACUCGCAUGUUCGACGCAACGUCAUGGCUGGAGCAAUGGUACAAUGACUACACUGCAAUUCUGCAGCGGUACGAGGCGUACAGCGCGGGAGAUGUAGUAAUGAAUUGAAAUCGGUGUUGAUCAGCA